AUGGCUAUCCUCAAAGGUCCCGGCGAGCCCAAGAGCUACGAUGGCUCGAACCUCCGCAUCGGCAUCAUCCACGCGCGGUGGAACGCCACGCUCAUCGAGGCACUCGUCGACGGGGCCAAGAAAGCGCUGGCCGACGCGGGCGUCAAGGACGAGAACCUGGUGAUCCAGAGCGUGCCGGGCUCGUACGAGCUGCCCUACGCCGUCAAGCAGCUCUACUCGGCCUCGCAGGUGCAGUCGAGCUCCACGGGCGUCGUGGGCGCAGCUGCCGACCUGCUCGGCUCGGCGUCGGACCUGACCAAGCUGAACGUCUCGGGCUCGUCGUCGUCGUCGUCGGCCACGUCGACGGCGCCCUUUGAUGCCAUCAUCGCCAUUGGGGUGCUGAUCAAAGGCGAGACGAUGCAUUUCGAGUACAUUGCCGAUGCUGUGAGCCACGGGCUGAUGCGGCUGCAGCUCGACGGCAACGUGCCGGUUAUCUUUGGCUUGCUGACACUGUUGAGCGAGGAGCAGGGCCUGUAUCGCGCGGGGAUUGCGGGCGCGGGGAAGAACGAGGGGCACAACCACGGGAGUGAUUGGGGGAGUGCGGCGGUCGAGUUGGGCGUGAAGAGGAAGGGGUGGGUGGAGGGCAAGUACGUUGAUUGA